UUCAAAUCCCCUCCAUAUCAUGUGAUUCAGGUGUUCCAAUCCCCUCCAAAUCAUGUGAUUCAGGUGUUCCAAUCCCCUCCAUGGACACAGGUGUAUACAAUCAAGCCCCUAGGCAUGCAGACGGCUUCUAUAAACAUUGGUGAAAGAAUGGGUCGCUCUCAGGAGCUCAGUGACUCCAAGCGUGGCCCCGUGAUAGGUGGCCACCUGGGCAAUAAGUCCAUCCGUGACAUUUCCUGGCUACUAAAUAUUCCACGCUCAACUGUUAGUGGGAUUAUAACAAAGUGGAAGCCACUGGGAACAACAGCCACUCAGCCACCAAGUGGUAGGCCACGUCACAUGACAGGACGGGGUCAGCGCAGGCUGAAGCGCACAGUGCUCAGAAGUCGCCAACUGUCUGCACAGUCAAUAGCUAAAGACCUCCAAACUUGGUGUGGCCUUCAGAUGAGCCCAACAACAGUGCGUAGAGAGCUUCAUGGAAUGGGUUUCCAUGGCCGAGCAGCUGCAUCCAAG